AUGCAUUCUGUCAAGUUGUUCUCGGCCGUCUUGGCCGUCGCUGGCGCUGCUUCUGCUGCCACGACCUGCACUAAGGACGUCAAGGUUACCCAGCCCACGCCCGUCAUCGACUGCGAUGUCGUUGAUGCCGAUGUCAUCAUCGACCAAGCUGUCUCCGGUAGCUUGAGCCUUGAGGGACCUAAGCAGAUUACAGGUGACUUGAUUGUCAACAACGCUACUCAACUUGUUGGCAUCUCAUCGUCUUCCAUCAACGCCAUUGGCGGCACUCUUCGCUUGCAAGGUCUUCAGCUCCUUAGCUCUUUCAACAUGCAGGCCCUCAAAUCUGUCAAGAGCCUCGAGCUUGUUAACCUGGCUCAGCUGAGCGGUCUGACUUUGGGUACCUCCGGUGUCACCAAGGCUACCUCCAUCAAGAUUCAGGACACCUUCAUCAGCGAUCUUAGCGGUCUUAAUGUCGCUACCGCCGACAACAUUACCAUUGCCAACAAUGGCCGUUUGACCAUGUUCAACGCCAAGCUUGAGAACGUCACCUACACUCUUUCCGUCGUCGACAACGCUGGCGGCAUGCAGAUUAACAUGUCCCGUCUUGAAUCCGCGGGCGUUCUCGACUUCCGAUCCAUCAAGAGCUUCGAUGCUCCCCUAUUGCAGACUGCCAACCGUCUCAGCUUCCAGGAGAGCCCCGAUCUGCUUUCCGUUUCCGCCAACAACUUGACUUCUAUCAAGGACUCUCUUACUCUGGACAACAACAAGAAGCUUGCUAACAUUUCCUUCACUUCUCUGGAGAAGAUCAGUGGUGAUAUGACUAUUCGCAACAACACUGCUCUCCUUAAGAUUAACAAGUUCCCCCAGCUGAAGACUAUUGGUGGUGCUGUGCUCUUGGCUGGUAGCUUCGACACUGUCGAGAUCCCUAAGCUUAACGACAUCAAGGGUGCUGUUACCGUCACUUCCACCACCGAUAUCUCCAGCUUCUGCAGCUUCUUUGACGAUCUGAAGAAGAACAACGCCAUCCAGGGCAAGGAGAGCUGCACAUCAAACAACGCCAAGGCUAACGAGGGUGGCAAGGGCGGUACCUCUGGAAGUGGUAACAACACUGACUCUGCUGCCAUGGGACUAGGCGUGAACCACGCCGUUCUGGGCUUUGCCGCUGUUGCUGGAUUUGCGCAAUUGUUUUAA